CCGCCCCUCCGGCCGCUCGACCUGCAGUCCCCAGGGCACCCGACCGAGCGCUACCGAGGGUGCCCGGGAACUCCCGAGCUCGGACCGAGCGUUGCCCGAGCAGAUUCCGAAAGCUCCCGAGCAGUGCCCGAGCACUACCGAGCGGAUUCCGAAAGCUGCCGAGAUGGCCCCGAAAAGUACCGAGCAGCGCCCGAAAGUAGUCGAACGCAUCCCGAGUUCAGUCGAGCUGGUCGGGAUUGCCACCGAGCAGCUGAGGACCGACUAGGCCCGGAGCGCCGCGGGGCCUGUGCAGGGCGGUGUGCGGCAGAGCUGUUCAAGACAUGAUCGAGGUGGUGGCCAAGCUGGGCCGUGGGCCCGUCUUCCUGGCCGGGGAGGUGCUGGAGUGUGUGAUCACUUUCACCAACCCGUUAUCGGCCUCGUCUACCUCUGCCAGCAGUGAGAUGCUGGCAUGGGCCAGCGCUCAGAUCCACUGCCAGUUUCACACCAGCGAGAACCGGGUAGCACUCCCUCCCUCUGAUGGCAGCAAGCACGAUGUGCAGGCAGAGAAUGAGACAGUCUUCGUCCCUAACAGAGGAGAGCGAGGUCAGUGUAUCCUGUCUACCCCACCAAAGAUUCUCUUCUGUGACUUGCGACUGGAUCCUGGGGAGUCAAAGUCCUAUUCCUACUGUGAGACAUUGCCCAUCGAUGCCCCCCCCUCUUUCCGGGGACAGUCAGUGAAGUAUGUGUACAAGCUGACCAUUGGCUGCCAGCGUGUCAACUCGCCCAUCAAGCUGCUGCGAGUGCCCUUCCGUGUCCUUGUUCUGCAAGGGCUCAAGGAUUACCAGUUCCCACAGGAUGAGGCCGUUGCACCCUCAAACCCCUUCCUGGAGGAGGAAGAGGGCUUGAAGAAAGACUCUCGCCUGGCAGACCUGGCAACAGAGUUGCUCAUGGUGGCUACCUCCAGACGCAGCCUGCACCUGUAUAACAUCAGCAACACUCGUGGGAAGGUGGGAACAUUCUGCAUCUUUAAGACUGUGUAUAAGAUUGGAGAAGAUGUCAUUGGGACCUUUAACUUCUCAGAAGGAGACAUCCCUUGUCUGCAGUUCUCAGUGAGCCUGCAGACAGAGGAAACCAUCCAGGAGGAGUUCCAGCGCCGACGGGGACAGCCUGUUUCCUACACCACGCAUGCCCGCCAUCAGGAGGCCUGCCUGCACACAGCCCAGAGCAGCUUCAGCCUGCCAAUCCCACUCAGCUCCACCCCAGGAUUCACCACCAACAUCGUGUCACUGAAGUGGAGGCUGCACUUCGAAUUUGUGACCUCUGGAGAGUCAGCAGGGACUUGUUUGGUUCGUGGGAGCCAGUCAGAGGCCAUUACGUGGACUGGGGUAGAGCAGAUGGAAGUGGACACUUUCAGUUGGGAUUUGCCCAUCAAAGUCCUUCCCACCAACCCCAUACUGGCUUCCUAUGUAUCUCAGUUCUCCAGCACCAACUCCAUCACCAUCUGAAGUGGGGAGAGCUGGUAGGGACCUGUAGUUCUGCAAGAGUGUGCCAGUGGUGGGAAUGGCAGCAGGACUGUCACCAACAUGCUUUGAGGCACAAGUCCUCAUGUCCCCUUGGGUUCAUCUGCAAUGCCCAGGUGGGCACCAGGCACAUCCUGUCCCUGUGUGGGUGGAGGUUCACUGUGCUUGCCAUAGUGUCCUGGGCUGUAACCUUUGGCUAAGAGUUAGCCCUUCCUGCCUUGGUGAAGGUGCAAGUCCCAGCACUCACCAAAUAAAAUCUGCUUCCCAGGGAAUGGCCUGAUGUGCCUUUAUCCCAUAAGGGACCUCCAUGAGGGAAAGAAGAGGGGAUGCUCUUCCACUGAAGCCUCGUAUCAGCCUGGGCUAAACAAAGAGACCCCGUAAGUGGAGGUCUGGCAUCCAGGUGAGGCACAUUGGCUGCCUGAGCAGGAUGAGAACCUGACCUGCCCUGGCCCUUAUCCCCCCUUUCAUGAAGGGAGUCUCAUGUACCUCCCACUGCCCUUACCCAAAGGAGGCAGGACUUGGCAGGCAGGCCCCACACUGUCAGCAUGUUCUGGUGUCUUGGACACAGCUGCAUGCUGCAGCAGUGUGGUGAUGAUGAUCCAAAACUGAGAAUCAUUGAGCACCUGGGCUGCUGCCCACACGCCUGGCAGGAAUGCAGCCUGCUGGUUUUGGAAUGCCUGGGGAGCUAGAGUGAGUGCAUGCUGUGCAUUCAGGAGCUGGGGUGAAGGUCUCCCUGCUCAGCAGUCGGCUCCCCGUUUGUAUCAAACCUUCUAGAGUUUUCCUCCUUCUGUGGAAAUCUAAUAAACAUCUGAGUGUUCAAAA